CCACGCUGCAUCCUUACGGGAUACUGUGGAAAACGGAACAAAACAAGUCAGUCGGUCCGCACGCCGGUAUUCGGUAAGUUUGUCCCCGGUAUUUUGAGUGUCGUUCGGGUUUUUGUCACGAUCGAGGUAAUUGAAUUGGAUUCAGUACGAUACGAACGUACGAACACAUUCGAUUAUCGGUGAUAAGUUGAAUGACUCACGUACGAUAGCGAUUCGUGUGAUUUGUGUCGUUCAGUGUCAUUUUUUAUCAUCUACAUAGUUCGUGAAUUCUUUAGCCUUCCGAAAUCGAUACCAGGAGGACACCAAUGGACAUUUCUAACGUCAAAAAUUCAAUGCAAUUUCUUCGUGAACCGUAUAACAGAAUGAAUAAUGUCUGACCGUAACCAGAGGGAGGAUUCUAGGGCUAAUCGGAUAGCCCGCUACAAGGAGGAGAGGCGUCAACAGCUCAGUUCCCAAAUACAGGCCAGGCUCGCUGGAGAAAAUCAAAAGACCUCCACGCCGUCUGAUUCGCCGAAUGGGACGAGAGAAAGACCCACUACUGAUGGGCCUAGAACGACAAGAGCUUCUAGGUUGAGGGCUGCUGCAUCGGUUGUCACAGAGAAUGGAUCUCCCAAAAGUUCAGGCACGACUGAUAAGUCUUGGGAGAGAACUCGUAUGCCUCCAUCACCUUUGGUUAGUGGAUCAAGAACUAUUAUUAGUGCAUUCGACAAGGAUAAAAGUAGUAAAAGGAAAAGCAGUUUAAAUAAACCCCAAAAUUCUGAUGAAAUAUGCUCACAAAACAAUACAGAGGAUGACAAAUACAGCAGACGCCGAAAAAGGAACCAUGAAAUCCUCGAUGUGUCUAGUCAGAUCAACAAAACUUCGAAUUCCAAAGAUUCCGCUUUCAGUUUGUCGACUGCCCUCAGUACAAUAUCGAUGGAAGAAUCAAAAUCAACUUCACCUCAAGGAGCUACGAGGACUAGUCCUAAGAAAUCUCAAUUGGCGAUUCACAUGGAAAAUGCUCGCAAGGGUUGUGUACUAAAGGUUUCCGAUAACGUCUUCAAGAGACAAUCCGCGAAAAUUGCAUCAUCGUGUUACUCAGAAGAGAACUCUCAUAAAUUGCUCAAUGGUGUUCAUGAUAGCCAUAACGAACGCGCAAAAAACAAUGGUGAUAGUAGUGCUCAUGAAAAAUCUAGAAUGUCCAAAGAUCACAGAGACAAUGAGUAUAGAACCAACAUGAAUAGACUGAACUCUCUCACAACCUUGACGAAAGAAACGUUAGCUAGAGUGGAAAGAUUAACCAAUAAAAAUCAAAAAACACCCACUCGCGAUACUACAAAGAAAACAUACGAUACUAAAAAGAAUUGUCAAGUGGUGAGUCCAACUCGAAAAUGUUCAACGGAUGAAAGAGCCGGGCCUUCAUUACUGCGAAGGAUGAACUUGGAAGAUUCCAACCAAGAAUCGUCGACUCAGCAGAAUAGAAAUUCCUCCCCAAUUUCAAUUCUGAAAAGGAAACCUCCUGUAGACGACAACAAACCAGAAACUUCCACGCAUACACCUCCGGUCACAUUUUCGCCAAGCGUCAAGGAGCCCAGUAGUUCGAACAAGAAGCAAGGAAUUCUGAAGAAGAGGAGGAGUCUGGACGAAGCGUUAGUAUUGAGGAGAAGGAGCUGUAGUCCCGAGGUGGCCAGUAAGUCAGAUUCCAAAUCGAUCCUCAAGACGCACAGGAGAUCUUCUCUCGAGGAACUGACGAGAAUCCACUCUCCUGAAGCUCACCUGCAGAGUAUAUUGAAGAGAAAAACGUCGAAAAAUGAGGAAGAACAAGACCAUUCUUUCAGUUCACCUCAGAGCAUACUGAAGAGACGUUCUGGUGCAAGCAGCGCGGGUUCAACGGCGAAUAGUACCCCUCAUGUGUCCAUCACCACAGCUGUUAUACUUGCUGCUGCCAGUGGGGCGGAAAUGGUUUUAGAAUCUUCCAACGCGUCAGUGAGGCCGAUAUUGAAGAAGAAGAGUUUCUCGGACGAUCAAUCGUUUAGCGACAAUUCGCAUUCUGACGCCCCCAGGCCGAUCUUGAAAAAAAAACCAAGUGCCGACACCGAUGAAUGUGAUGAGAAACCACGACCGAUUUUGAAGGCUCCACGCGGUUCCCUCGACCGAGAGUCUGAGAAAACGUGCGAAACCGACAACGAUUUCAGACCGAUCCUCAAGCAGAGCAGGGAAGAUUUGUCGAGGUCGUCUUUCGCUUUUCGCGAAGAAACCGAUUCCCAGGAAACCGCUAGGAGACAACAGAGGAAUUCGAGGAGAAGUAAUACCAUCUGUGCCGAUUAUACUUCGGCAGUCAUCAAUGGGGACGCUGAUGAGAGGUCGAUUUUGAAGAGGCAGAGGCCUUGUUCCGUUUUCGAACUGAAUAGCGCCUCUGAUCAAGCGGCGUCCUCUUUGGUGUUCACUGGAGCCAUUCCGAAGAAGAGCACGAUAACGAGAAGCAGCGAGAAGCUGAAACACCAACACGUUUCUCUGGAAAUGGAUACAAAACAUUCGAUAUAUGCAGCCUCUUCCUCAAGCGAACAGCUGUGCGACCAGUACUCCCAACUGACGAUCCAAAAGGAAGGGUUCACCGAUUUCCUGUCUACAUCUCGAACCUUCAACUCGGAUCUAGAUAGCUGUUCGAAAGUAUCUACGGAUUCAGCAUUUCAGUCACUAAUCGACGGUCUGGAAUUGGAGGAGAACGAGUGCAAAUUCUCUGAAAAUUCCUCUUCGAAAUUCAUCAUGGAGUCCAACGGAGAUUUGGAGAAAGAUGGUUAUAAUAUACCCAACAUUUCAAUAACAGCAGAAACGAGGGAUGUAAAACGCCAUCCUGUAACAUUUUGUGAUAUUGAAGAGUCUACAACCAUGAACCAAAACGAAAAAGAUGGCCUUGACGUGAAAAAGCCACUCAAGAAGAAAAGCACACUGUCCAUAGAAAGAACCAAAGGAAGUAGACAUUCAACUCAACCUGUAACGAGUGAGGAGAUAAGAGAAGCCAGUAAGAUACAGCCCGACGAUCCAGCGAAUUUGAGUUUGUCUGAGAGAAUCAAGCUAUUCAACCAAAAAAUCACUAAGGAGCACCAGAAAAAUCAUGCUUUAGAUGGAAAAGUUCUCCUCUCUGAUAAACCACCCAGAGUAGGAACAAAAUUGAACAGAUCUAGCAGUGCCCGUAUCCCAGAUACUGCGUCAACAUCCAAAUCCAACAUAAAGCAAGCCUUAGAAGGUAUAUUAUCGAAAAGCAGGAGUCAAGCUGCUUUUGGUAAUGAGCACAAGGUCACAGUACGACAAAGCAACACAACAACUGUACGAAAGGUGACGCAGGAAGGAGACAUGCCCCAGUCGAUUGCGGAGUUGCAGGCGACCCUGCAGAGGAAAGGCGAGUCAGAAUGGCGGAAGCGCUAUGUACAGACCAACACCGUUGAAGACGAACUCAAGUUGCUGAAAGAGAAGAAUAAAUAUAAUGCGGAAAUAACAGAGAAGGCUUCUAUCCUUUCAUCGAGAAAAGAUGAAUUGGAUGCGGCUUCGAGACAAUGGAAGUGCAGGGUGGAGAAGUCGGACGCCGACAAAUUUUCGGUAUCCGGUAAAAUGGAGAAAGCCAAAACCACCAUUCCGGUCAAUAUUCCAGUGAUCGAUACUACGAAGAAGGCACCGCAAGCUAGACGAUUCAAGGGAAAACAAAUUAACUCUUCUUCGAUGCCUACUUCCCCUGAAAAGAAUGGUUUGAUGAAACUGAAGAGAAGCCAGUCAAAUCCAGAUCCCAGUUUGGAAACGGCAAAAAUCGAAAAAACAUCCAAAACAAUAACGAAGAAUGUUCAGGUGUUCAGACCCGACGAUUUUACGUUCACAAGUUUCUUCAAGAACAUUGAUGCGAAAGUAAAUCAGUCGGAACAAUUCGCUUUGAAUUUGGAUGAUUUAGAUUCCAUUCAGAGACAUAGUCCAUUGGUACAGAGGAAGAAUAUCAGGGUACAGAAGAGGAAAGGACCUUCCAAGAAUCCUAUCAAAGCUCUGGCAGAAAGGGAAGACAUAAAAUAUGAAUAUACCGAGAUACUGACAGGGGUGGCCGAGAGAGAGACAAAAAGACUGAAUAUAGAAAAACUGGCAAAAAGUUCUUCGAAUUUCGCCAUAGAAGCACUAGCAGGUCUCGCCAGCAAGGAAGACUUCAAAGCGGUCCCCUUAAAGAAGAAUUCAGGACCAUCCACCCUACUUCCGUAUAAGGAUUUAAUGCUAAUUCAGGUCAAGGGACGAAGGCACGUCCAACUCAGGCUGGUCGAACCCAUCGGUGCCAGUAUAAACGAAGGAGAUUGUUACAUACUGAUAACCAAUGGUAUAAUUUAUAAUUUCAUCGGCGCCUAUUCGAACAUCAUUGAACAAGCCAGAGCAGCCGACAUAGCGAGUCACAUACAGAAGACCAACGAUAUGGGCUGUAAAUCGUCUAAAAUUGUUACAAUCGAUUCUAAACUGGGACCGACAGCAUCGGAAGAUUCGCGAAAUUUUUGGAAUUAUCUAGGUGAUCCAGUCGCCAGGAACAUCGCUGGCGCUGGUAAUCCAUCCGAAGAUGAAAUUUACGAAGCCAACAUAAUAUUAACUAAUAUGAUUUAUACUCUGGAUAAUGAUGAACUUGUGCCUCUGGACGAAUACUGGGGUAACUUACCAAAAUACCAAAUGCUCACUUCGACGUCCGUUUUCGUCUUUGAUUUCGGCACGGAGAUGUACGUCUGGAGCGGUAAAAAUGCUUCCUCUAAAAACAAACAAACCAUUAUGAAAUUAGCGAAGGAAUUGUGGGAUGAGGGAUACAACUAUGCGGAGUGUAGCGUAUGUCCACUAAACGUUGCUCUGAUGCUUGGCGAUAGAACUCCUGAGAAACUCUGUAAAUAUUCGAGUGCCCGACCUGAUUGGACACUGUUUUCUAAGAUAACGCAACAUGGUGAAACCAUCUUGUUUAAAGAGAAAUUCCUGGAUUGGCCCGACUUCUCCAGAGUUAUAAAAGUGAAGCAAGAUAUGAACGGCAAACAUGCAGAUAGUACAAACGUGAUAGAACCAUUAAAUAUGGACGAUAUGUUGAAGGGUUGUAGCCCUUCUCCCGAUAUCAUCAUUGAAGGUAACCAUAUUGGAAGAGGUGAUACUUAUUAUGAUGAAGAAAGAAAUAGGCUAUUCGAGUUCGAUACAUCUCAGAUAACGAUGUGGAGAGUGAUGGAGAAUACUUACGAGCUGUUACCUGAAGAUUCUCUCGGUCAGUUUUAUGACGGAGAUAGUUAUAUAGUCAAAUGGAAAUUCAGGAUUACUGUGAAGGGACGGGAGUUGAGCGGGAAACCGUCUAAACAUCUACAGGUUGGUAGAGAUGUCUCAGUCUUCUUUUAUUGGCAAGGUUGCAAUUCUUCCGUGAACGAGAAGGGUUUGGCUGCUCUCUUAACCAUUGAGUUGGAUAACGAGAGCGCUCCUCAGAUAAGGGUUACGCAGGGAAACGAACCUGCCGCCUUCCUACGACUCUUUAACGGAAAGAUGGUGAUUUAUAGAGGAAAGAUGGCCAGUUUAAGACAGACGAGCAAAUCUACCAGAUUAUUCAUCACAAGAGGCGAAGUAGAAAAAGAAGCGCACCUAAUUGAAGUUUCCUGCAACGCACAUCAACUCCGAAGCCGAUCUUCUUUAGUAUUAGUCAAUUCCGAAAAAAAUAAAAUUACAAUUUGGCACGGUUGUAAAUCCAGUCAGAGAACGAGAAAAGCCGCCAAGAGAUCAGCAGAACACCUCGUCAGAGAGAAACCCAAAGAACUAAAUUUGGAUUAUGGAUCUGACCAGAAAGAAAUCGAAGAGGGAGAAGAAGAUCCCGAGUUCAGACAGAUUAUGGGAAUUACCAAAAACUCAUACGUGUCGCUUUUGAGCAGUAAAAAAACCUUCGAUUUCACGCCCAGGUUUUUCUCAUUCAGCAGUACUAGUGGUACCUUCGCUGUUACAGAGAUAUGCUGUCCUCAUAGAAGUGAGCACGUGACACCAUUUCCUGUUUUACAGGAACAACUAUAUUCUGCGAGUCAACCUGCCCUCUUCCUGAUUGACAACGGACACGAAUUGUGGUUAUGGCAAGGAUGGUGGCCUAAAGUAGAAGAAGGUGGUAUCAACACAACUGAUCAGACAGGCUCUGGUAUCAUCCGAUGGCAGUCAGAACGAAGGGCGGCUAUGGGAACUGCUGUGAAUUAUUGGAGAGCAAGACAUGGCGAAGAUGUUGAAUUGAAAGCGGAGUUGGUAUGGGCUGGGUUUGAGACUGAGGAAUUUAAAAACCUAUUUCCCUUUUGGGAAAGCAAGGAAGAUGUUGCCGAACUCAAUUUAGCGGAAGGAAGAAAACCCUCAGAAAAGAAGAAUUUAGAACAUGAGCUGGCACUCUUAUCUAGAACUGAAUUCACUUUAGCUGAACUUCUUCAGAGGCCCUUACCAGAGGGUGUCGAUCCCACCCAUCUAGAACACUAUUUGUCAUCAGACGACUUCGAAACUGCUUUAUCAAUUUCCAAGGAGGAAUUCCAAAAGUUACCAUUAUGGAAGCAAACGUCCCUUAAGAAGGAAAAGGGACUUUUCUGAUUUUACCCAAAUUUGCCUUGAAUCACGGUGGGUUAGUCAUUUAUGAUCCGUACAUAAUUGUCCAGCAACUUACCAUAUCACUCAGUCAUAUAAUGUCAAAGUUCUCUGAUACCCACUUAUAAAUCUUUUUCCAUGUAGAAUGCGAAUAGAUCUUCUUUUUUAACAUAACCCAUUGUUUUAGUCGUGUUUAUAGCGGAAGUUUUGAUUUUACUCUCAAAUACUUCAUCUCAAAACUGCCACUUUUCGAUUUGCGUUCAAGGCUUACGGUACUUACAUCAUGUUCUAGGUUUUAUGUAGAUAUUUAAUGAAUUAUAUUGUGUCUGUGAUUUGCCACAUAUUUACAGCGAACAUGUAUAAAAAUUCGUCUUCAAUUUUUUGAUAUUGAAAAUCAUUGUAUGCUGCGUGAGAUGUCAACAUUAUCCGAAUUUCACUCAGAUAACGUGUUAGGAAUGCUAAAUAUAACAAAAUUAGGAUUCUCUUUCAUCUUUAUGUUUCUUAUAACCUUGCACGCAACUUUUAUUAUUUUUUUUUCAAUUAUUCGAAAAAUUAUAUAAUGCUUCAAGUGCAUUUGGAUUAUUCCAAACAUGAAGAAAGACAACAUGAGGUGAAAUAUUGUCUAUACCGUAUGAAAGAUACCAAAUAAAAGAUCACUGAUGUUUUAAUUAACUGAUCUGAACACUAAUUGAUUCUUAUGUUUGAAAUUUGUGACCUGUUGCUAUUUCUUCUAUAGUGAAAUAUUAUAGAAUGAUAAUAGUAUACCAAAAAAUUUACAUGAUAUUAUAUACUUUUAAAUUUAUGAAUAGCAUUCAUUAAUCACCGAAUAUGCUUAUUACCUUACCCAUUUGUUCAAGAUUUAUACUUAGCAUUCUAAUAACUAUGCGCCAGAAGAAUCGUUUUCUAUUCUAAGGAAAAGGUGCCUUAAAUAUUCAAUUCAGAAAGAUAUCGGAAGAUGCACUUGCCAACACUAUCUAGUCCCUGUAAAUUCUUGUGGCACUGAUUAUAUUUUUUCAUGAUUUUAUGCAAAUUUUGUACAAUAAUUUGUUGAGUGACCUAAUACUGAUAUGUAUAAUGUGUAUCUUGUAUUAAUUUGUAAAAUAUUGAAGUUUUCAAAUUAGCUUUUCUAUCACUAAUAAACGGAAAAAAUGUAUAUUGAUAGAUAUUUUGUUUUGUAAUAAAUUAAUGGUUAUUUUAAUAAACUUUAUGAAUAACAAA